GAAGGACAAGGAAGUACUGCAGUCAGAUUUGAGCAACACUGCCAACCUUUAGUUCAGUUUUCUUCAAAUGUUUUAUCAGGCUUGUUUGGAACGAAGCAGACCAGCAUCGGAUUUCUGCAAGAACAUGGCUUUUAUUUUGAAGCCGGGGUCAUUCCUCCCAGUCUCGUCGAUCUCUGGUGGAGGCAGCGACCGCUCAGGACCGUGGGAGGGUUAGUCUCGUUUCAACCGUGGACGCGAUGAGGCUCCGUUUGGCCGGAGCCGUGCUGCUGUCGGCGGCCGCCUACUACGUCUACCUGCCGCUACCGAGCGGCGUGAGCGAGCCGUGGAAACUGAUGAUGCUGGACGCGCUCUUCCGGAGCUUCAUGCAGGCGAGUGACGUAGCUCAUGCAAUGGGCGUGUGCCACCGCGUCCACCUGUUGAACCGGGUGGUGUCCUGGGUGGAGGUGAUUGAGGCUCGCUCCAGCCCCGCCGUGAACGUCACAGACUCCGCGCUGGGAGGCAUCCCCACCCGGGUGUUUCAUCCCAUCAGAGGGGAGAGGCUGAAAAGAGGAGUUAUUUAUUUCCACGGUGGCGGCUGGGCCCUCGGCAGCGGACGAAUGCGCUCCUAUGACCAUCUUUGCCGGAAGAUGGCGGAGGACCUGGAUGCUGUCGUUAUGUCAGUUGACUACCGUCUUGCUCCAGAGGCCGUGUUCCCAGAUCAGUACCAUGAUGCAAUAGCGGCGUCACGGGCCUUCCUGUCCACUGAGGUUUUAGAGCACUACAGCAUCGAUCCAGAGAGGGUGUGUGUGUCGGGAGACAGCGCUGGGGGAAACCUGGCUGCCGCUGUGGCACAAAAGCUCAGCUCAGACGACACCCUGAAGGUGAAGUUCAAGGCCCAGGCGCUGAUCUACCCCGUGCUGCAGGCGCUCGACUUCCACACCCCAUCCUACCAGCAGAACCAGGCCGUGCCCAUCCUCUACAGGCCCGUCAUGGCUCGCUUCUGGUUGCAGUACCUGGGUGGCAACACCUCCCUGGAGCCUCUCCUGCUCGCCAACAACCACAGCUCUCUGGACGAGUCGGGCAUCAGCGCAGAGACUCGCUCGAAGCUGAACUGGACCGCUUUGCUGCCGGCUGAGCGGAGGAAGCACUUCCGGCCGGUGCUUAAAGAAACCGGGUCACCUGGUGUGGUGGGCGAGGUGCCGGGGCUCACAGACGUGAGGGCGUCGCCGCUGCUGGCGGAGCAGGGCGUUCUGGGUAGGACGCCUAAGGCGUACGUGAUGACUUGUGAGUUUGACGUGCUCAGGGAUGACGGGUUAAUGUACGCCAGACGUUUGCAGGACGCUGGCGUCACGGUGACCAGUGACCACUAUGAGGACGGCUUUCACGGCUGCAUGGUGUUUGCGUAUCUGCCGAUGAUGUCGAGCGUGGGACGGAGGAGCAUGAACAACUACAUCCGCUGGCUGGACCAAAAUCUGUAGGAAAAAACCCCCCAUAGUUUCCACUUUGUGGUAUGAAAGACGUACUGGGGCAGAAAUCUGGGAUGACUAGAGGAAAAAAAACGUGAUCAUAGCUGUUAAAACAUCCCAGCUUUAGCCAAGAAGGUCAAAGGUUGGAACCACUGUGUCGAUGCUGCUUUGGACCGGAGGCGUCUGUUUAGCACAUUAAAGUUUAAAACCACUGGACCUAUAAAUCUACAAUCAAACACGCCACCGCACAUCCUCAGUGUGUCCUGACACCAAAACGUCUUCAAACAACUGUGACCAAAGAAAGUUUUUAUAUAGAAAUAUCUAUAUAAUUAAUGGCAAACUUAUAAAGACAGGUUUUAUACUUAUUACUUUUAUUUAUUAGUUUUAAAAGAGUAGAAAACUACAAACAUAAAUAUAUAAGAAACUUCUUUAUACAAAAAUAAUUGCUGAAAACCCCUAAAGCUUAAAACAUGGUGCCAUAGCAGCAUAAAACACUCUUGUGAUUAGCUGGCAGGUGAUUCAUUAAAACAAAUGGCUAACCCUGCAGCAUUUUGGGCCCACAGUAUAAUUACUGCUGUGAUGCACAUCAUCACUGCCAGAUGCACAGCUACACGGCGGUAUUUUUGCUCCAUAGCUCCGCCCAUAAAAGUCAAAAGUCAAACCUGGUUUAAAUUGGGCUGAUCUAACCCUUCAAGGUCGCCUCCUCAGGCAGCGAUUGGUUAGAUUGCUCCCCAGGAGUCCAAUUUUGACCAUUUGGACUUUUCUGCAAUGCUCUCUGGAUCUCCUCCACUAUGUUAAAAUGGGGAUCUUAGAACUUGAAUGGUGUUGUGUAGGGUGGCUGAUGAUUAAAAAACCCCAAACCAUGUGGCUACUCAAAAAAUGGUUUUAAAUGCUUUGAGUCAGCACAGUUGUAACCCUCAGAUACCUCAGGAGAUUAUCGUAGAGUUUGCUUGAUUACAGUCUGCCACGGGGGAGAGAUUCAUGGUGUAUAACCCUGUGAGUGUUGUAAAAAAUGAUAAGCUUGCUCCUGUGUGUGGUUUCAACUUCCACUAAAACCGUUUAAUUUCUGAGUCGUAGCUUAAAACCUUGUCGUACGCCACUUUGUAGCUGAUGGUUGGUGAUUAGGGGAUAUUUCAGGCUUAAUUUAUCCUUCUAAUGUCAGCCGCAGUCAGCUGUAUCGUUAGUAACCACUUUAGUCACUCACCUCAAACUAAAGAUGCAUUUAAAUCUAGACCUGCUAAUGUGCAAACUUGUGAAUUUCACUGACAUUUUCUCAUCUCUGGUCACCGCAUCCCUGCUAGUUCUCAUCUUAAUACCUGAUCUCAGUGAUGAGCCUCGCUAAGAAGUACAAAUCAGUUAAAUGUGAAUCAAAGGUUUGAUAUUUAUCAUAAUCAGGUAUGCUUUUUGAUUUUUAUUAGCAAAGUUCCUCUGAAAACAAUUUUUUUCUGUGUUUCUCUGGAAAUAUAAAAUAUACAUAUUAACACUCAGAUUUGAGAAAACACUGGAUACUAAAUAAUGAAUUAUUAUUAUUGUUGUUGUUAUUUUUUUAAACACAGCCAAGGUGGGAAAAAAGACAAAUCUACAUACUGGAGAAAAAACGUUUUAUUUAGUGUAAGAAGAAGUGCAAGAAGAAACGACGCAGCCACAGCUUAACUGUGCUGAAGGAUAAUCUGUGGCUUACUUCUAAAAUUUUCUGCCAUCAGAAGCAUUUUCUCUGGGUCGUUUUAACCCUCAGAGGUCUAAAUAUUCUAGCUGCCCUGCUCCCAAUCUAAACCCUGUAUUUUGCAGAAUAAACAAACAGGACUUCUGUGAAAAGAAAUGAAACAGUUUUUCUUGAAUGUCAGACCGUUUACUGCGUUUUUCUCCCUUGAUUGCCGUGACUUAGUCAUUUUUAAAAGCAAAAAUCACAUGUUCUGAUGGCUGAUAACUUAAACCUCGCAGGUUUGAUUACAAAGUGACGUCAUUUGCUGCAAAUUGUUGUUUUGCAGCAGGAAGUUUGACUUUUGGGUGACAUUCAGGACUGAAAUUACUGAAAACAUUCGAUUUUAAAUCCCCAUUUUCAGCAUAAUUAUGAAGAGAAAUGACAACAGGCCCAGCUGGCCCGUAGUAUGGCUCAAAGUUCCUCAGAUAUGAUGUUUUAUGAUGUAACGAGACACUGAAGACACACACACACAAAACCAGACAGUCGGGCUCAGUGUGUGUGUUGUAAAAGUAUGUCAGAGUUCACAGCUGUGUAUACUCACUGGGUUGUGCAAUAAUGUAUGUCUCAAACUGUCUCUCAAUCUCUGUAACUUCACUCUCAGAUGACCACUGGACCACGGGGCCAAUGCAAUGAUGAACGCUGUGAAUUAUUAUUUUUUAAACAAGAGUAAAAUUACUCUAUCGCCACGAGAGAAUCGGUCCCAAGCGGAAUAUCACGUUUCCUGCUCGCCCGGUGCUGCUGGCUCAAAACAAAUAUAAUGAACUGACGGCGGUGAAUGACUCGCUGUUGGCGUUCAGCCAGACUGUAGCAGGAACGCCGAGCUGAGGGUGGUCAUUACACCCCUCGCAUUAUUCCACAAAAAUGUAAUUUUCUUUCUCUCCUUUAAAGGAAAUGAUUCCAGACGUCUUAUUUCUAACAUGUGGCUUUUAUUCACGUACAUGUAUAAUGGUAUAACUCAUCUAUAAAUUAGACAUGCGGGCUUGCAGAAAAGUAAGUCUGAGUGCUGUCAUUUUAAUUCUGUAUGUGAAAUUAUGCGUUUAAUGGGUUCACAUUGUAUAAAUAAGGUUUUAAUGCGAGUCGGGUUAUGCAACAGGUUGUUUCAGGCGAGCAGAUAUGGAAAACUGGGCCCAGAUGUGCUCCUGCAGUGCUGGUAAAUCUCGCAAAGGAGCUGUUUUAUUGGCUGCUGUCACAACUGUGCAGGGAGGAUGAAGAUGUUUCCUUUUAUGUUAUCUAUGUUUUUAUUUCCAUUCUGCGCUGUAUGUUUGUUGUAAUCUGGGUUUUAAUUUUCUGUCCGUGCACGUGUCAGUGUGGGAGACCCGUGACAUUCCUGGAUAAGUUUUUAAGCUGUGAUUACAAGGACAAAGGAACUGCAGGCGGUACUCAGCAGCACCGGGUAGAAGAGCAACAUAAUGGUUUAUCUACAUCUGCUGUUAUUCAAAAAAAGCCAAGAUCCAGACCCAUAAAUCAUUUAUAACUGUACUGAUGUUGAUAUGACUGCAGCUGAAACGAGGUUCAGGUUUUGGUAACACUGUGCUUUAAUUAAAAGUCCUGCUGAGCAUGUAAAAGCAGCAUAAAGAUGAUAUCAAACAUACUCCAGUAUUACUGUCAGAGUGCUUUUUAAACUGUUUUUUUCUGGUAUAUCCCUCUUCAGGUGCUGUAUCAAGUUCACAACCCAUAAAUUCUUUUGACCAUUAAAGGUACUGUACUGUGCAAAA